AUGACACAAACACAAUCAACCGACAACCCGGAGACCCUUCAUCUCCCCCGCAUUCUUUGUCUACACGGCGGCGGCGUAAAUGCAGAAGUCUUUGAACUACAAUGCCGAGUUCUCAUCAAGCAUCUGAGAUCUUCUCUGCGUUUUGUAUUUAUGCAAGCCCCAUUUAUCUCGGCUCCUCAUCCAGACAUUGUCAGCGUUUACGGUGAAUACGAACCCUUUCGGCGUUGGCUCCGAUGGCAACCCGACCAUGAGGAGAUUGAGCCCGAGGCCGCCGCCGAGUUGAUCCGGGACCAGACCCGCCGAGCCAUGGAUACAGAUCCCGGGACCGGAGAGUGGAUCGGCAUUCUGGGUUUCUCUCAGGGCGCAAAGAUUGCUGCGAGUUUAUUGUGGACGCAGCAAAAGAUCACGGAGCAAUUCGGACCAGAUGAAGCCUUGACUCAAUUCAAGUUUGGUGUUCUCAUGGCUGGAAGAGCACCUCUCAUCACACUGGACCACCGACUGCAACAUCCACCACCAAUUGUUGACGCGGCCAUGCUGAGCUCAGAGUUCAAGGACUGGCCUGAGUCGAACAAGGGUGACCAUAUCUUGAGUAUACCCACACUACAUGUUCAUGGACUUCGAGAUGGUGGUAUGGAGCAGCACAGGAUCCUCUUGAACAACUACUGCGAGACUGGUACAACAACUUUGAUUGAGUGGGAUGGUGGGCAUCGCAUACCGAUCAAGAGCCAUGAUGUAGGAGCCGUGGCACAAGAGAUCUUGAGGCUGGCAAAGGAUGCUGGAGUACAACUGCCCAACUAA